GACUAAUCGGGUGUGUGGAGGCUGGGCCGCUGAAGCACCGGGUCACACUGAGCGGAACUCUAGGCAGCACAUGUGGAGGCAGAGCUACUGGUCCUGGUAAGCUCUUUAAAGCACACGGGGGACAUGAAGAGAAAGAGACGGGAUGUCGAUUUGCAAGCUGCCGAGCAGGAUUUAGAACCAUUACAAGAUGAUGAAAGUAGUGACAUGGAGGAGGAGGAGGAGGAAGAUGACGGGAAUAAAACAUCGGGCAAGAAGAGCAAUGUUAUGGAAAAAAAGCAAAAAGUAGAUGUUUUAAGAGUAACAGGAACUCUUAAACUAAGCAGAAGAGAACUGUACAAGCCACCAACUAGUGAAGAACUCAAUCAGCUGAAAGAAACUGAGAACCUCUUUCAUUCCUCUCUACUAAGAAUGCAGAUUGAAGAACUUUUAAAAGAAGUAGAAUUGAAGGAGAAGAAACGCAAGGUUAUUGAUGCUUUCCUCCAUGAAGUGAAUGAUCUUCUCAAUAAAAUACCAACAACUGAGCAAGUUGAUAUUACAGACCAAUCCAGGCUUCCAAAAGAUGUUAAAGUUCCUUUCCUUCAAGUACCAUACAAUGUCAAAGGGAAGUUUCAGUAUCUCCCUCCUAGUUCAACAAAAGUUAUUGGAAGCUAUUUACUUGGUACCUGCAUCAAACCACAGAUCAAUGUCGAUGUUGCUGUUAUAAUGCCAGCGGAAAUUCUGCAAUCAAAGGACAACUUUAACCAGCGCUACCUGAGGAAACGUGCACUCUACCUGGUUCACAUUGCCCAUCACUUAUCCAAGAACAAGAUCUUUGGAUCUGUAAAAUUUGGCUACUUCAAUAGCAACCACUUGAAACCCAUUCUGUAUCUAUCUCCGCAAGGUAAGGACGAGAAGCUUGUCACCGUGAGGCUCCACCCCUGUGCUCCUGCUUCUUUCUUCAAAUUGACUCGGUUUCAUCCCAGCAGAAACAACAUUCGUGUGUCCUGGUUUCUGGAUCAAGAGGCUGCCGAAGGAGGAAAUAGUGAUCCUCCUACACCCCACUAUAAUAACAGCAUACUCAUUGACUUGGUGAUGGAACAACAUCUUAAUUUUCUCUUCAAUAUUGCCACUGAUUUUCCUGGAAUGAAAGCUGGAAUUGAAAUUCUUAAAGUAUGGCUCCUUCAGAGGGAAUUUAACAAGGGCUAUGGGAGUUUUAAUGGAUUUCUAGCUUCCAUGCUGGUGGCAUACUUGCUUUCCAAACGGAAACUAAACAAAAUGAUGAGUGGGUACCAGGUGCUGCGGAAUGUCCUUCAGUUCUUGGCUGUUACCGAUCUCUCUCAAAAUGGCAUCAGCCUUUUCCAGGGCACUGAUGAUUCAGCGCCGUCACUUGCCGACUUUCAUCAGGCUUUUGAAGUUGUGUUUGUGGAUCCCUCAGGAUUUGUAAACCUCUGUGCUGAGAUGACAGCCAGCAAGUACAAGCAGAUUCAAUAUGAAGCGCAGAAAUCAAUGGAAAUUCUCGACAAUAAGACAGUGGAUGGCUUUGAAAUGCUCUUGAUGACUCGGAAACAUUUUAUUCAAACGUUUGACCAUGUCUUUUUCCUGAAGAACCUGGUCAAACUGCAAGAAGGCUGUAAAAAGAUGAAACUGCUCAAUGAGUUGAUUGAUCAUGGGGGCAACUAUAUUGUGGCGAUCUUGCCACACCUUCUGUCACUACUAACCCAUGGACUGGGGCAACGGGUUCACCUUCUUUCUCAUUCCCUUAUUCAAACAUCUGAGUGGCCUAUAGAUGCAGAUCCUCCAAAACAUAAGGAUUCCAAACAUUUAUCUUUUGGUCUUUUAUUGAACCCUCGGAUUUCAACGAAUAUUUUGGAAAAAGGACCUCCAGCAAAUACUCCCAAGGCAGCAGAAUUCAGGGAAUUUUGGGGAGAGAAUUCUGAGCUGAGAAGGUUCCAGGAUGGGUCCAUUUGUGAGGCAGUCCUGUGGAAAGGCGGCAACAUUUCCGACUGUCGACGUAUUCCUGAGCAAAUUAUUAAAUAUCUUCUUCAUCGGCACAUGGAUCUCCCAACUACAAUGGUCUUGUACGCUGGAGCUUUACUGGACUCCGCCAUCAAAGUAGACAAGGGGUCUGCAGGGUUUGAGGAGAGGAUCAUCAAUGUUGUGAAGUCAUACGAUGAUCUGAGUCGAAAGCUUUGGAAUCUCAAUGGACUUCCUUUGAAUGUCACAGCAGUCCAAGGGACGCACCCUGUGUUUCGAUACACAGAUGUGUUCCCGCCGGAACCAGUGAAACCAGAUUAUUCCUAUUAUAAGAGGGAUAAAGAGAAUAAAUGCUUGCUUCCUUCCGAGGACAAACCAUGCCCUGUAUAUUUACCAGCGUUAAAAGUGAUCUGUCACAUGGAAGGAAGUGGGAAAUGGCCUCAGAAUAAAGACGCUAUUCAACGUAUCAAAGCGGCGUUUCACAUUCGACUGGGACAUCUCCUGGACCAACAGCAUGAACUGACAUGCCAACCCUCGGCCACUUACGUAGAUGUGUAUAAGGACGGUUUUGUUUUUCGAAUUCAAGUUGCAUAUCAUAGAGAACCUCAGAUUCUGAAGGAAAUGCAGACACCAGAUGGAAUGCUGAAAUAUCGGGAUACUGAAGAGUCCGUGCAGUUAGAAUGGGAAACUGUUUAUCUGCCUUACCUAACGAGCACAUUGCAUGGGCUUCAACAGCAACAUUCUGCAUACAGUGGAACAUGCCGACUUGCAAAGCGCUGGAUCAGUGCACAGUUACUCAGUGCCGAAGUUGGUGAGGAGUGUAUUGAUCUUCUUGCAGCCUACCUCUUCACCCAGCCUGCACCUUAUUCACCACUCGCCUCUCCACAAACUGGCUUCCUUCGCUUUCUGAAUUUGCUAUCAACGUUUGAUUGGAAGAUAAACCCGCUGAUUGUGAAUCUGAAUGGCGAGAUUAAAGAUACUGAAUAUGCUGAGAUUAAGAACAACUUUAGUGCCGCACGGAAUCAGCUUCCUGUUAUGUUUAUCGCUACCCCCAAUGAGAGGAAAACCUCAAUCUGGACCAAAAGGCGACCGUCAGCACCGAUUCUCCAACAAUUGAUAGAGCUAGCAAGCCAAUCAUUGCAAAUACUGGAAAGUCAGCUUCUGGAUCCCACUGAUAACCAUGAUUUUAAGAUGGUAUUCCGGCCUCCUCUGGAGAUUUAUGAUGUUGUUAUUCACCUAAACCCCAAACAUAUUCCAAGGUAUCUCGAAGCAGUUGAUAAGCCAAAGGUAGCCUACUGCCGAGGGACAUUGAAACGUAAUGCAGCAGUGAAGUUCUUAAAACUACCAGUGGUGGACUAUGACCCAGUACAGCGUUAUCUCCUUGAGCUAAAGAGCGCCUUUGGGGAAUUUGCUCUGUUUUUCUAUGAUGCACAUGGUGGAAAUUUGGUCGGUGUACUUUGGAAACCGCAGGCUUUUGCUCCGCAACCUUUCAAGACUUCCCACGUCAAUGCUAGGAUGUUGGAAACAAGAGAAAAUGGACUUCAAAUUAUCCCCAAUGUGGAGGCUAUUAUCGAAGACUUUGAAAUUCUUGGAGCUGGUUUAGUGAAGUCCAUCGAAGCUCGCACGGAGAAAUGGAAUAUCUAAGGCUUCAUUCCAUUAUGAAAGAAUAUCUAGUCCCUCGUUCUUUUAUGCAUGUACUCUGGAUAUUAUGAAAAUGUGAUGAAAUAUUAUAACUUGUACCAUUGGAAAAAUAAAUGAUUUUGUAUAUA